UCCCUUUGUGCAUUACACAGAUAAGAAAGGGAAUUGAUCGACACAAACGGAAGAAAAACUUACACAAUGAGAACAUCACUUUUCAUCUUCAUCUUAAUGAUGUGGCAGUGUGAUUGUUUGCGCUUUGUGUGUCCAGAGAUGUGCCGCUGCUCCAUCAAGACCAUCAGCUGCAACAGUGGAACUGAAGCCAUGGCACAGAAACAGCGUGGCACAUUCAGCAGACUUGUUCUAAACUAUAUCCACUUAAAGACGAUUCCCAGUUUCAGCUUCGAUGGACUGCAAGGUGUCAAAAGAAUAGAAAUUGCUCAAAGUGUGACACUGGAAACCAUUGAGACCCAGGCCUUCAACAACCUCUUCAACCUCUCAGAGAUAUCAAUCCAGAACACACGAAGCCUGGUCCAUAUCAACAAGCGUGCCUUCAAUAAUCUACCCAAGCUGAGAUACCUGAGCAUCUCCAACACUGGGAUAGUUGUGUUUCCUGACUUAACCUCCAUUGCAUCUCUUGAAGUUGAUUUCAUACUUGAUAUCUGUGACAACCUCCACUUGCAGUCAAUCCCACCAAAUGCCUUCACUGGAAUGACAACUGAAGACACAACAAUGAACCUGUAUAACAAUGGCUUCAGGGAAAUACACAAACAUGCUUUCAAUGGGACAAAAAUAGAUAAAUUAACCUUAAAGAACAACCGAAAGCUGAAACUAAUCCACAGAGACGCUUUUACAGGAGCUUUUGGCCCAGCUGUAUUAGACGUGUCCUCCACUGCUCUGGAGACGUUGCCAUCUCAUGGCCUACAGUCUGUGCUGAUACUGGUGGCGCGCUCAGCAUUUUUGCUAAAGAGAUUGCCUCCUCUAAACAGUUUAGAGAGCUUAAGAGAGGCUCAUCUCACCUACCCAAGCCACUGCUGCGCUCUACUCAGCUGGGACACUCACAGGGAGUCUCCAUCUUCAGCACAGAGAAAUGGAUCUUCAUAUUGUGAACACCAGAGUCCAUUAAAUAAAGGCUCCGAAAAAGAGGUUUUCUAUUCUGACAUGCUGGAUCCACUAUCAGAAGCCAGCUUUAGGACUGUGGACUUUGAGUACCCAGACUUCUGUCAACUCAGACCAGCCCUCCAAUGCAGCCCAGAGGCAGAUGCCUUCAACCCCUGUGAGGAUAUUGCUGGGUUUGGGUUCCUCCGUGUGGCCAUCUGGUUCAUCAACAUCCUGGCUAUUGCUGGCAACCUGACCGUGCUUCUUGUAUUAUUUGCCAGCCGUUGCAAACUUACUGUGCCACGCUUCCUCAUGUGUCACCUGGCCUUCGCUGACUUCUGCAUUGGUGUCUACCUCCUCAUGAUUGCCAUUGUGGACCUGAGGACACAGGGCUACUAUAGCCAGCAUGCUAUUGAAUGGCAGACAGGAGUGGGCUGCAACAUUGCAGGCUUUCUGUCCGUCUUUGGUGGAGAACUGUCUAUCUACACGCUGUCCACAAUCACCAUAGAACGUUGGUACACCAUCACCCAUGCCAUGCAGCUGGAGCAUCGACUUGCUCUGCCCCAAGCUGUUGCAAUAAUGGCUGCUGGCUGGCUGCUCUGCCUGGGCAUGGCAUUACUUCCACUAGUGGGCAUAAGUAGUUACAGCAAAGUCAGCAUGUGCCUGCCCAUGGACAUUGAAACACCUCUGGCCCAGGCUUAUGUCAUUCUUCUGCUGCUUUUCAAUGUGGGGGCUUUUCUGGUGAUUUGUGGUUGUUAUGUGCGGAUCUACGUGGUUGUGCGCCACCCUGAAGUGCCUGGCCGGGCUGCUGAUGCCAAAAUCGCCAAGCGCAUGGCUGUACUUAUCUUCACCGACUUUCUUUGCAUGGCACCAAUCUCUUUCUUUGCCAUCUCAGCUGCCUUUAAGAUGCCUCUCAUCACAGUCACCAACUCCAAGAUCCUGCUGGUGCUCUUCUAUCCUAUUAACUCCUGUGCCAACCCUUUCCUCUAUGCCAUAUUCACCAAGGCCUUCAGGAAAGACACCUGCAUUCUGUUAAGCUCUAUGGGCUGCUGUGAGAGCAAAGCCAACAUGUACCGCAUGAAGACAUACUGCUCAGAUAACACUGCAAAAAUGAUGAGUUGCUCAGUCAGCAAGGGCCCUCAUGCUGCUAUGUGGUUGUCUACCUAUCCUCACCGAAAAUGCCAGCUGCAGAUAGAGGGGUUAUGUGGAGAACAUCUCACAUAACGCAUUCUGGCUGCUUGUCUGAGAACUCUCAUCUUUUUCAUCACUGUGCAAUGCUGUAUGGUGUAUUAUGUUAGUCGUGUCCCUUCAGAGUAUUUUAAAAUUUGAUUCUCACUCAGGUUGAGGACAAACUCUUUCAGAGGGAAUUUGUGAAUUAUUUUAUUUCACUUUAAGAGUUUUUUGUCCUGAAAAAUAACGAUUUGUCCCAUGAGAAACACCUUUGUAAUUUGAGUUUAUUCAUACCCUUGACAGAGGAGUAAACAAUAGGGGCUGACAAACUAGGAUAGCCAGGAUUGGGCCUAUAAAGUUAAAAAUAAAGAGAGAGAGAGAGAGAGAAAGGAAACGGAUUUGUCCUCAUACGUCACAUUACAGUUCGUUCUUUCAAUUCAUUUUACACUUUUUUUUUCAGUCUGUGAAGUGACCAUCAUUGCCUAGUUCUCAGACAUAAGUAGGAACAUCACAGACUGAACAUCCUGAAUAGAUCCUUUCCUUCUAUCCUUAAUAAGAUGGUUGUUAUUUUUGUAAAAAAAAAAUGUAGGUUUUAUAUUAUUUUGAUGGUCUUUUUAUUUACUCUGAAGUCAUAUACAUCUCAAGGACCUUGUCUUAUCUCUGAGAACACAACACAGCCUAGGUCAUCAAAGAGAUCAGAGGGCUAUGACUGUGUUCUGCCGCUAGCCUUGUUUUAUGAACAUAAUAUAGCAUGUCACACAUCCUUACAAUUCAAAUGAGUGUAAGUUUGGCGAGUGUAAGAUUACUACACCUACUUUCUCCUAGUCUACUAGGAGAAAUUGCAACAGAUCAUGGACAAAAAAAAAAACAAUUCCAGAUUUUGGAAAGAACAGUCAGUCAUACUUUAGUUACCCAGCUGAAAAAUCAAGUUUGGUCUUACCAGCUACCAAAACACAGACAAGCUGAUCCAUCUUGUAAGCUAUUA